GUAAGUUUUAGAAAUAUUUUCAGAUAUUUUUGAAUUUUAACCAUGGAGCAGAAAGGACCCCUUAAAGAGUGCGCUGCUUGGAAGAACCUUGAAGAUUUUUAUUCCAAGAACGGAUCCAAACUUAAUAUCCUGGAGCUGUUCAACCAGGACCCGGAGAGGUUCAACAAGUUCUCCGUCCAGCUGGAGACUCCCUGUGAUGGACCUCUACUUCUGGAUUUUUCUAAGAAUCGUCUGACAGAAGAGCUUCUGAAACUUCUGCUUGAUUUGGCAAAGGAGAGAGGAAUCCCAGAGGCUACCAACGCAAUGUUCAGCGGUGCUAAGAUCAACUUUACAGAGGAUAGAUCUGUUCUUCAUGUUGCACUUAGAAACCGGUCUAAUGUUCCUAUCCAGGUUGAUGGAAAGGAUGUGAUGCCCUCCGUGAACGCUGUAUUGGACCACAUGAAGGAGUUCUGCUCCAGUGUUAUCUCCGGGUCCUGGAAAGGAUACACGGGGAAGUCCAUCACAGAUGUGGUUAACAUUGGUAUUGGAGGCUCUGAUCUUGGUCCUCUAAUGGUUACAGAGGCUCUUAAACCAUUCGCUGUCGGACCUAAGGUUCACUUUGUAUCAAACAUUGAUGGAACUCAUAUGGCGGAAACAUUGAAGAAAUUGAACCCUGAAACCACACUUUUCAUCAUUGCAAGCAAAACCUUUACAACACAGGAAACCAUCACGAACGCGACCACGGCCAAGAUGUGGUUUCUGGAGAGCGCUAAGGAGGCCGGUCACGUUGCUCUGCACUUCGUCGCACUCAGCACUAACGGGCCUAAGGUCAAGGACUUCGGGAUCGACGAGAAGAACAUGUUCGAGUUCUGGGAUUGGGUCGGAGGUCGCUACUCCCUAUGGUCUGCUAUUGGUAUGAGUAUUGCUUUGAACAUUGGGUUUGAGAACUUCGAAAAGCUUUUGUCUGGAGCUCAUUGGAUGGAUAAUCAUUUUAAAACUGCUCCUCUACAUCAGAAUAUACCUGUAAUCAUGGGUAUGCUUGGUGUCUGGUAUCAUAAUUUCUAUGGAUGUGAAACCCACGCUCUUCUUCCAUACGAUCAGUAUUUACAUAGGUUUGCUGCGUACUUUCAGCAAGGGGAUAUGGAGUCCAACGGGAAGUACGUUACUAGGAGUGGAGCUCAGGUCGAUUAUUCAACAGGACCCAUUGUAUGGGGUGAGCCUGGAACUAACGGUCAACAUGCUUUCUAUCAGCUGAUUCACCAGGGAACGAAGGUGAUCCCUUGUGAUUUUAUUGCCCCUGUGAACACUAAGAAUAAGAUAAGGGAGGGACUCCACCACUCCAUCCUACUCUGCAACUUCCUUGCACAGACAGAGGCUCUAAUGAAAGGGAAAACAAGACAGGAGGUUGAUGAUGAAUUAAAGAAAGCUGGAAAAUCUGAUGCUGAAAUUAAAAGUAUUGGUCCUCAUAAAGUAUUCAAGGGGAACCGACCCACCAAUUCCAUCAUGGUGGACACCGUCAACCCCUUCACCCUCGGGGCCAUUAUUGCCAUGUACGAGCACAAGAUCUUUACCCAGGGAGUUGUUUGGGAUAUCAACUCAUACGAUCAGUGGGGCGUGGAGCUCGGAAAACAGUUAGCAAAGGCAAUUGAGCCUGAGAUCGAAGGCUCUGAGCCUGUGAGCUCCCAUGACAGCUCGACAAAUGGACUCAUCAACUUCAUCAAGGCGCGCAGAUCAUAAAGGAAAGAUAGGAAAGAGCCUACUCAAGAAAGAAGUCUAGAUGAUGUAGCACAGCUUAUAUUUUAUGUUAGAAUUUUUAUUGUUUAUUUGCUAAAUUGUAUUUUAUUGUGAAUUUGACAUCAGAAAUGUGAUUUUAUAGAAAUAUAAACCAUGCAAAGUAAUGUUAGAGGUUCAGUUUUAUAAAAGUCUGUUCCUUAGAUUGGUUAAAACCCCUAGUCAUGACGUACACUUUAUGAUGUAGAUCUUCCCUAGUAUCAACAUGUACUGUUACUACUGUACUGCAGUUAUUUAUUAUGAAAUAAAUAAGUGUACAUCAGUAUUAUUAAUGUCUUCCCAUAAUGUGUAUUUAGUGUAUUUUAAUUGCUUGUUUUCA